AUGGCCACCGACAACUAUAGCAGCAAAAGACUAACUGCUUCCCGGCCUUCCUCCAUAAUCAGCACUCUCGGAGUCGAUGACGAUCUCCUCGUCGAAAUUCUGAUUCGACUCCCGGGCCCUAAAUCCGCCUUCCGAUGCAAAUCCGUCUGCAGACGCUGGAACGCACUAAUCUCCGCUCCCUACUUCUCUCGCCGUUUCGUUUCUCACCACCAGAGCCUCUCCCCCGCCGCCGCGGCUGCGGCAGUCGAAUUCGAACAGCCUGUCCUGACUCCCUCGCAAGUCCGUCCACUGAUCUCGAGCUUCCUCCCUUUCCCUGACGGGACCGAAUUCGAGUUCUCCGUCCUCGAUUCGGUCAACGACUUGCUCUUACUCGGGUUCUGGGGGAAGGACCCGACCGAGCAGGAACUGCGCAGGACGCACUUGGUCUGCAAUCCGUUUACGAAGCAAUGGGUCGCCCUUCCUCUGGCGCCUAAAAUGGCCGUCAGGUUGAGUCAUUAUAGAUGGAUCGUGAAAUUAGUCCGCGAACCGUUUGACUCCUCCCACGAGUUACCUCGUGGAUUUCGGGUGGUGCGAAUGUAUGAUCCGAUGCGAGAAGGUGCAGCAAAAGUGGAUGUGUACAUGUUUUGUUCGAGAUCCGGACGAUGGACGAAAUCCGUCCUUCGCCUCGAGCCCGAUUUGAGGUGUUGGACGAAUGAUCACGAGCAUCAUCGUCGUGUAGUUUCAACCAAUGGGAAGUUGUACUGGCUGAAUGACAAGGGAGGAGUUGUAAAAUGGGAUCCUUUCUGCCAGGACGACUAUGGUACUAGGUUUCCAAUGUUGUUAGAGGGCUGCAAGCUCGAUUCGGAAUCCACUUGCUACGGUCCUUGGGUCUCAGAAGGUGCUGUGCACAUAGUUUGCAGGAAAUCGUCUUAUGCGGUGCUGAGUGUUUGGAGAUUGAUGGAGGAAGGAAAGGGAGGAUGUUGGAGCAAACUGUAUGACUUCUCGUGGUCUAACAACUUGAGUUGUAGGUUCGGAAGCGUGGUUUUGUUGGGUUAUCGUCUAUAUCCUCAGAAUUCGGGUAUCGUGGUGGGUCUACAUCCUCAGAAGUCGGGAAUCGUGUUUUUGUUGGGUUAUCGUCUUAAAGAUUCAAAACCGAUUAUUUUGUCGUUGAAUUUUAGAGACCGCGAGUUCGAAUUCGUCACUCAUCAAGCUACGGAUGCUGACAAGAUGAUCCAACCCACAGUCCCAUUUUGGCCUAGUUUGAUUGCAAUGUUGCAAAAUCCAUAUAAUGGAAGUUAUGAUUGUUGGAUUCCCUCACGAGGUAAUUAA